GCGUUUGAAAAUAAGACUAUAACACUAUUAUUGUUUAUUCCGACGAAGAAUAAAAUAAGUGAAAAUUGUUGUAAAAGAAUUCGUGAUUUUUCCGUAAUAAAUGAGGAAAGUUGAGCCGGAAGGACUACCAGUACCAUUCUUGUAAAUCAACAGUUUAGGGGCCCAGUUUAGCAUCUAAUGAGACCGGCAAUACCAAAAUUAAGGAUGGAUUUUGAUGAAGCAAUGAAAGCUGUUGGAGAAUUUGGAUUCACACAGAAAAUACAACAAAUAAUACUAAACUCCAUCCAGCUAUUUGGUGCCAUGCAUAUGCUAUCCCUGGUGUUCGUAGGACGAGAGCCUUCCAGUAUAAUGUGUGGCGAUCAUCUCUCGGUUUACGAUGAUGUGUGUCUUAUGAAACCCCCCUGUGAUGAUUAUAAAUACGGCCCAGAAUUCACUUCAAUCGCCACAGAGUGGGACCUGGUAUGCGAGAAGAGCCAUAAAGUUGGUUUAGCUCAGAGUGUCUUCAUGGCAGGCGUGCUCUUAGGUAACGUCCAGUUUGGGUCGUUCUCCGAUCACUAUGGCCGUCUAAGGAUGACCUUAGUGGGUCUCGCGUUGUUAAGUCUUCUUGGUACACUUAGUGCAAUGGUGUGGACAUUUGAACAGUUCCUUGUUUUCAGAUUUUUGGUAGGAUACGGAGCUGGAGGUGUGAUUUUAUCCGUCUUUGUUCUGCAAACAGAGAAUCUAAGUUCCCAUCACAGGGCUCUAUCAGCUACGUGUGCUCCGUGUACAUUUGCAUUUGGUGUAAUGCUUUAUGCAGUGAUGGCAUACUUUGUGCGAGACUGGAGGAACCUUCUGUUACUAUCCUCUUUACCUGUUGGAGUGUAUCUUUCUAUAUACUUUUUGGUUCCUGAAUCUCCCCGUUGGCUCGUUACCAAAGGCCGUAUCACCGAGGCCGAAGACGUCUUACAUCAGAUAGGAAGAAAAAAUGGCAUGAAGGUUUCCCGCUCGAUGAUCAACCUGGCUGAAUCCAAGACUACUCCCAAGAAUGAUACAUACGGCUUAUUAGACUGCUUCAAGACCCCUGUGCUCAGAAUGAGAAUGGUAAUUCUAAUAUGUUCAUGGUUCACUGCUAGCAUGGUAUACUAUGGCCUGACGAUGAACGCUGGUAAUCUAGGUAGUAAUGUGUAUAUUAGCUUUGCUCUCUCGGGAUUGGUGGAAUUACCUGCCUAUCUCUUUGGAUUCCUUGUGCUCAAUAGGACUGGUCGAAGGAAAGCAAUGGCAGCCUCCAUGUUCGUUGGUGGUGUGUCUUGUUUGAGCUUAUUAGUCUUAUCUAAAGAAGAUGAAACCAUGGUGAUCAUUAGGACUGCUCUGGCUCUGAUUGGCAAAAUGGGUAUAUCAUCUGCUUUCAACAUUGUCUAUAUAUAUUCAUCCGAACUACUCCCAACUGUUUUAAGGAACAGUGGUAUGGGGAUAUGUUCAAUGUCAGCCAGGAUAGGAGGCAUUGUUGCACCGCAGAUUAUUCCUAUGGGUGACAAAGCAACUUUUCUCAUAUUUGGAGGAACGGCGUUGGCUUGCGCCAUUUUUGAUCUCGGCCUUCCCGAAACUCUCAACAAGCCUCUACCAGAAAACAUUGAUGACAUUGAAUUUCAUGAACCUACCUCUACCAGGAAGCAUUGAUGACUUUUACGAAGUGGAAAUUAGAUCAACUUGGCAUUAGUCUUGGUCUAACAGUUGGACCUAGUGAGUAUAAAACCAAGUGAUGGUUGGACCAAAUAGUACCUAGACCAAAUCGGUAGUACAUUAAGUUUGUUUAGAUGUAAUGGCCCGAAUUCACAAAGGUGGUUUUUAAAACCAUCGGUUGAACCCAUGGUUUAUGCAGAUUUCCUGUAUAAAUUAGGCUUAUUUACAUGUACCUUGCAUAUUAAAAAGUGUCCAAUGCUGAUGCGGGCUUUUGUCACAGCGCGCCAAAUUGAGGCCUGUUACCAUGGUUAAGUACGCUGUUUUAUUCAUGAGUCCACUGUUUUGAAUUAAUGAGUAUUAAUGAGUUACAUGUAUGAAUAAAACAGCGUACUUAACCACGGUAACAGGCGUCAAUUUGGCGCGCUGUGACAAAAGCGUGCAUCACCAUUGGGCAUUUUUUAAUAUACAUGGUAAAUAAGCGUAAUUUAUACAGGAAAUCUGCAUAUAACAUGGGUUCAACCGAUGCUUUAAAAACCACCUUUGUGAAUUCGGGCCAAUGUUUCAGAGAAUCUGCUUGUAGUUGGGGGGAUGUUGCACAAAGAUUUAAUUGUGACUUGGAGUCAAACUUAAAUUUCCAGCUGCGUGCGGUAUAAAAGGCAUCACCUUGGGGGGUGUUUCACAAAGAUUUAAGUAUGACUUAAGUCGCACUUAAAUGCCUACGCGUACAUGAUAUGGAACACGCGAUCUUAUUGAUAGACACGCAGUAGUGCGCGUCCUCAUGACACGAUCUGACCAAUGCGGUCAAGCCUUUCAUACCGUACACAACUUGGUAUUUAAGUGCGACUCUAAGUCAUACUUAAAUCUUUGUGAAACACCCCCCUGAUUUUGUCAGAUCAUGCUGAGAGGAUUUGGGCUACUACAUAGUAAUCAAUAAUACUGCUCGUUAAACAUCAUCUGCGCGUCGGCAAUCCGGUGGAUUCGCAAUGCCUCGUGGGAAAAAUUUGACUUUUGUCACGUGAUUAUGCUGCGCGAGCCGGCACGGCUUGACUGGCUUGCAUAUGCUGUUCACAAGGAUCCAGGAAGUGAGAUAGAAAUUUGCUGCAUAUUUUUUUGCAAAAUUUAGACCGUUUUCGGUGAAUUCUACCUCCGCUUUUGCCAAAUCAUUUUCAUUUUUGAAGCAUCACAUUCACAUUUUAGUACACUAGCACUGAGCUCUACCUGCGCCUGCGUGCGAUGUCGACCCCAUAGUUAGAAAUUUGGCCUGUUCACUGCAACUGAUAGAUGGUGCACCAUAUUGUGAAACCACCGAAUUAAGCAUGAUUGUGAGUCACACUUAAAUCUUUUGUGAAAACCUCCCCUCCCCCUCCCCCCCCCCCCCCCAGCUGAAUAAAAAUUGUACACUUAGGCAGAUAUUACUUUUACUUAAUAACCGGGAAUCAGUAUUAUCAUAGUCUAAAAUAUUAUUUGUAACCAUCUGUUAUACAUGUUCGUUUGUUUAUUUUUUAGUUAUUUGUUAUUCAGUAGAGAUUAAUUGUAACCUUAAUGUGGAACUAAAUUUCUGCAUGAUAUGAUAGCAGAGAACUCAACUGCCAUAAAGAUUUCCUUUUUACUCUCGAGCGAAAAAGAUAGGUGGAUUGUUGGGUGAUAGAAAGAAAGGAAUAUAGACAGAUAGAAAGAGAUUGAUAGAUAGAUAGAUAGAUAUAUAGAUGGAUGGAUGGAUAGGUGAAUUGAUAGAUGGAUAAAUGAAUGGAUGGAUUGAUAGAUUAAUGGAUGGAUAGAAAGAAAGGGAAAUAGGUAGGCAGAUAGAUAGAUAGACAAAUAGAUACAGUACUUGAAAAGAUAGAUAAAUAAAAAAAUUGCUUGCUAGAAAGAUUGAUAGAUACCUCGAUUGCCUCAUAGCAUAGUCUACCUCCAAGGCCAUUUUUGUAGAAUAUUCCAGAGACAUUUCUAUUUUGAGAAACCAAUAUUUUCACCCCUCUUUUUAAUUCAUUUGUAAAUGAAAUAUAAUCAUGUGAUCAAAUUGCAAACCAGUUGUUGCCACCAUAUAUUUUUCUAACAUAAUUGUUUUAUUUUAUUAUUUGAUAUGAAAUGAAUAGCGAAGCAUCAUGUCUAGCAUUUGAAUGUAUUCAUCAGUGAAGUAAGACAUGUAUCAGUAUUAUUUUGUGCUUUCAUACAUAUUAGUGUCAUUAUUUGAUACACUGAGGAAAUGUGCAGAACUGGUGUCUGUGUCGUUAUAUGUAAUUGGAAAUGUGUAGACUAUGACUGAGAUACAUGACAUGUUUUCCUUUUGUCGCUGUGACCUGCUACCCCAAAACCAACAUAAUUUCAAUAAAAUGAUUUAUGAGUAUUUCAUCGAGUGUAAACAAGCACAUCCUAAAGCUUUAAAAUGAUACAUAACUUGUCAAAAUCGAUCAACAUUAACACACACAAUUACUUGAUUUAAUGUAGAAAAAAAAUCAGUAAGAGCUUCAAAAUAUAAGGAGAAAACAAGGUGCAAAAACUGGGGUUCAUUUGAGCUCAACACUUCUAAGAAGUCCAGAAAAAAAGUGGUGUCAAAGAAUCUUGUAUCUCAUCUUUUGUUUCACUUUACAUCUAAACAUUUGACAGUAUAAAGAGAAAGAAUCAUUCUUUCAAAUAAGAUAAUUUUAUAUUUUUUUACAUUUUUGAAACAAAAUUACUGAUUUGGCUGUUUAUUGUUGGUUUUGUGGUGACUGGCUACAAUUAAUAAAGAAAAGAUUAUAUUAAUAGACCCAUAUUUUGAUUUCUGGUCUAAUCCAAACCAUGGUCUGAAGUAGUUGAAGUCUAACAGUGGGAAGCCGAAGGUGGCAUCUCCAUGAUCAGGGGUCCGUUUCAGGCAACUUGUUAUAAAUAAUAAAUUUACAAUAACAGAUAAAAGCUACUGAAAUCCUUCUAUCCGAUUGGCUGAAAGUAAAUUUGUUAAAGAGAUUGUGCAUUUGUUAUUAUGCCAAUUCUUUAUGAAACGGGACCCAGGUGAUCGAAAGUACCUUCAAAAUUUACACUCAAAGCAUUAUACCUUGGUCACAUUUGCUCUACGGCGGCCGUGCGGUGAGUAGAAAACCGCCAUUUUAUUCAUUUUAUUUGAACCACCUCUAUGUAGCUGGUACAAAAAAAUUUAAGACGGCUGUUUUCGACUCGUCGUAGAGCAAAUGUGACCGAGGUAUUACAAACCAUUUUAAGUUGGUUUGUAAUUUUGAAAUGAAAAAGACGAUAGUUUUCUUCACCACUCAGUCUUGGGAAAUAUCAGAGCCCAUGGGAAUGACUUGUUUAACUAGGGGGCACUUAGCUGGGGAUUUGUUCAGGGCAGUUGUCAGAAAAAAAUAAGCAAAAAAUUGGGUUAUUGCUCUCAAUUUCAAGAGAUUCAAUUUCAUUUACUUUUUUUUGUUUUGCUUGUCAACCUGAUUUCCAGGGGGUCCUACCUAUGGUACAUAAUGAGGUAACUUGCCAAAUCGUCUACUCACCACAUGGUCUUCUUCAUUUAGUCUAAUGCCGUUCCGUCCAAUAUUUCGUUUAACAACCAUUUGGUCCAAUCACUUCGUCUAAUCACCAUUUCAUCUAUGACCAUUUCGUCUAUGACCAUUUCGUCUCAUAUCCAUUUCAUUUUCAUUUAUAU